AUGGAGUAUAUAAAUAAUAUUUUGGGGCUGCUGAAUCAAGUUCAGCUGGUGGAAGAAGCAAUUCCUACACUAUGCAAUCGUUUACAACAUGCAACCAUGUCGUCUGAUAGAAGAUCUGCAGUUCUUGGAUUGAAAAGUUUCAGUAGACAAUAUAGAGAAACCGUUGUUGAACAUGGAUUGCGACCAUUGAUCUCAACUUUUAAAAAAGAUAUUGAUAAUCCUCAGAUUGUGAAGGCAAUUUUGGAAGCUUUACUCAUUUUAUUUAUUCGUGGUGAAAAUGACGAAGAUUUGACUAGAGGUUGGAUCUCACAACAAUCUCGUCUUCAAAAUGGUAAAUAUCCGUCACCAUUACUUAUGGAAGAUAUUUCUCUUGACCAAUUAUCAUUAUGGAUUGCUGAUGCUUUGAUUCAAGACGAAGAAAUCCUACGUUUACUCAUUGAAAACCUUUCAGAAACCAAUGAUUACCACGCCAAAUUAUACACAAUCCAAUUAUUGGAAUCUUUAGCAUCAAGUAGAGGAUCAAGAACAAAAGAUUGCUUAUUGAAUAUCCCAACAUCCAUGUCAGUAUUAUGCCUGUUAUUACAAGAUUCAAACGAGCCAGUGAGAAACGAAGCCAUUCUUUUACUUAUGGCAGUAGCAAAUGACAAUUUCAACAUUCAAAAAUUGGUGGCUUUUGAAAAUACAUUUGAAACAUUAUUUGACAUUAUAGCAGAAGAAGGAGGUAUAAGAGGAUCUAUUUUAGUACAAGAUUGUCUCACCUUAAUAACCAACCUUUUACAAUUUAAUGCAUCGAAUCAAAAAUUCUUUUUAGAGACUCAAUGUGUUCCAAGAUUAGCAAGUUUAUUAGGUGAACCAGUAGAUGAAACGGGUGAUCCUGAUAUGCUAGAUGAAAAUGGAUUCCCCGAUAUCCCACCUCCAAUUGUCUGGACAGAACAAAGAAUACAAAAUAUGAUUAUUGCAUUGGAGAUUUGUCGAUUACUAGUUUCUGAAGAUACAGAAUAUGUAGCGCAAAACCAGGAUAAAUUAUUUCAAUCAGGAAUCCACUAUAUUUUACUCAAACUUGUAUUUUCACCCUUGACAGAAAAUAGUGUCAGAUCAGUUGCAUUACUCACUACUGGUGAUGCGAUAUGUGGUAAUCCUUAUAUUCAAUUUGAAUUUUCCAAAGUAGAUGUUCCCUAUAUGGAUCCAUCUUUACCAACACAAAUCCAGCCAUAUGACCGACCAAUCCUGGUUCCACUUUCAUUGCUCAAUUGGUGUUUAUACAUAAACUCAGUACAUGCUUUUGAUAUUAGAGUAGCCUCGGCAUUCUGUUUGAAUGCAUAUUUCAAAGACAAUAAAGACUCAAAGUUUGCAUUUUUAGACGACCAAAUCAAAUCGUACACUGAUCCAACUUAUUACACUAGCUUACACAAGGAUGAAGAACAAAACGAAAACGCAAUUAAUGGGAAUAGUGUUCCAACUCCUUUUGGAAAUAUAUUUACAACAUUAAUGGAUUAUGACGCAGAUCUUAAAUUAAAUCCUUAUACUGCAUGGUUUGCUUCCCUAAUUAUGGUAAAUUUGUUUCUUGAUGAGCCGGAAAACAAAGAAAUUGCCAGAAAUGUGAAAACAGGGGACGAAGAGGCCGGAGAGGAGGUAAUGAACUCAAUUCAAGCAAUGUCGGGACUCUUGGUCACGACACUCGAAUACAAAGACCAAAGAAUUGCGAUGGGAUAUUUAAUGCUUUUAACCAUUUGGUUAUACGAAGAUUUUGAUGCUGUGAAUGAUUUUUUGAGUGAUCAAUCUAUUGUUAAAUCAAUUUUAGCAUUUUUAUCAAAUAAUUCAUCUGACCAAAAUGUAUUAGUACAUGGAAUGGCCACUAUUUUGUUGGGGGUAUGUUACGAAUUUUCAUCCAAAGAUUCACCAUUACCAAGAUCAGAUUUGCAUGCGUUGUUAGUGAAAGGGUUAGGGAAAGAUAAUUACUCUUUAAAAGUAAAACAAUUUAGAUCCAAUCCAGUAUUUGCUGAUUUUGAAGAGGCACUGACUUUAACGUUCAGUCAAGAUGAAACUGGUCUUCCUACGGUAUAUUUCACCGAUGUUUAUGUGAAUUUGGUGAAAGACAAUUUUUUGAGAAUCAAAAGAUCAUUAUUUCAUGAUCCAUCAUCAGAGCCUCGCGGCAAAAUCUCAUACGAAUUAUUUGAGGAGCUAGAUAUGAAGGUUUUAAACUUAUCAAAGGAAUUGCAGACUGAAAAGGACAAUGCUGAAAGCAAUGACAAAGAAUUGAACGACAAGAUUGAAAAAUUGACUGAUCUUUCCUCAAAACUCGAAACAAAGCUUGAAGAAAAGGAAAAAGAAUUGACCAAAAUCCAUGAAGACCAUAAAUUGCUUAAUGAAAAAUUCUUGGCCACCACCAACAGUUUAUCAGCCGUGAAAGCUUCCAAGAAAGAGUUUGAAACUGCUUCACAAAAAUAUCAAAAAGAAUUACAAGAGGCUUUGAAAAAGGGCAAUACUUCUGAAGGCAUCUUGAAGCAAUUGAAAGAAAAACUCGAUUCCACAGAACAGGCGAAAAAGAAAUUAGAAGAUGGUAUCAAUAACAUGACCAGAGACUUGUUCCAUCUCAAGAAACUGAAGAGUGAAGCAGAAAGUCAAAUCAAACAACGUGAAAGGGAGUUUAAAGUUUUGUCUAGUGAAUAUGAAAACGCUAAAAAGGAUUAUGAAUUACAAAUUAGUAAUUUGAAUAAAUCAAAUAAUGAAUUCAAGCAGAAAAUAAAUGAAUUGAGCAAGAAAAUUGAAUCCUUAAAUGAAGAUAAUAAAUCAAACACAAGGCAACUUGAGGAGAAGUUAAGAGACACAGAAGAAAACAAUGAACACUUGAUGGAUAAAUUGAGAUCAGAAUCAGUUGCAUACAAUGAAUUGAAAAAGGCCAAAUCCGUAUCUGAAGAAGAAACAACUAAAGCGAAAGAAGAGUUGGAGGCACUUACCACUAAGAUUGAUAAUCUCGAAAAGGAAUUGAAGGAACAAGAGUCCAAGAAAGUUGAAUUGGAGGGACAGUUAAAAAAUGCUACUGAUUCCACCAAUGAAAAAAUCAAGGGAUUAGAAGAUGAAUUAGAGACUAUUAAAAAGUCAAACAAGGAAAUUUCCAUGCAAAAUUCAGAAUUAAUACAAAAGUUAGAGAAAACUGAAAAGGAUCUUGAUACAAAAGAUAAAGAGAUCGAUAAAUUGAGAGCAGAGACCAAAUCAAAUAUUGAUAGUCUUAAUUCAGAGAUAUCUAACUUGCAAGCAAAAUUGAAGGAGACAGAAGACUCUCAUGCUAAUACCAAGAAUGAGCAUUCUUUACUCUCUGAGAGUCUUGAAAAAUUGAGAAAAGAGUAUGAGAGUACCAAAACUUCAUUGACAGCUAAGCUUUCAGCAAAGAUUGACGAGCAUAAAAAGGUCACUGAUGAAAUUGAAACCAAAACCAAACACAUCUCAGAUUUGCAACAGGAACAUGCCAAACAAAAGUCACAGUAUGAAAGUGAAAAAAAUGAUAUCAAGUCCAAUUUGGAAAAUGCCACCAGGGAAUUAUCUGAAAAUAAGGAAAAAUUAUCUAGCCUUGAAAUUGAGAAAAAUAAAUUGCAAACCAAACUCAAGACACAGGAAGAAAAAAUUGAUGAUUUAGAAACUUCAGUGGCCAUCUCUGAAGAUAAAUCAAAAAGUUUGAAACGUGAUAUUGAAGAUUUGAAACAAGAAAAGGGUAAAUUAGAAAAAACUUUGGCAGAAAAUGAGAAAACGAUUUCGGAGAAAAAGGAACAAUUGCAAGUUGUUAAUAACAAAUAUAAAGAGCUUGAAGCGUCUUUGAAAAAACUUUCCGAAACAAAGGAGAAAGAGGUAAGCGACCUAAAUAGCCAAUUAGAUGCAGCAAAGUCUGAUCAUGAUUCCGAGCGUAAAAAAUUGUCACAGUUAAUUGAGGAAACAAAGUCGGAAUCUGAGAAAAACACAGUUCAGUUGAAGGAACAAAUUGAGAAACUCGAAGGUGAAAAAAAGAGAAAAGUUGGCGAGGUUCAAUCUCAAUUGGAAUCUAAAACUGCAGAUUUGGAAAAGAUUAAAACUACACUUGACAAGGUUUUGAAAGAGAAAAGUGAUAAUGAAAAGGAAAACCAGGAAUCAGUUGACACUUUGAAAACCGAAAUUGAAAGUUUGAAGAAAGAGAUUUCACUAUUAGAAGAGCAGAAAAAGGAUAAUACCACUAAAUGUAAAGAACUUGCUGAUAAAUUGGAAACUCAAACAUCAAAAUUGGAUUCAGCCACAAAGGAAUUAAAAAAGACCGAGUUAGAGUUGAAACAAGUAAGAGAAGAGUUAACUAACACUUCUUUAGAGUUAACACAAAUCCAAGAUAGAAACCAAAGUUUGACAGAAGAACAUGAAAAGACAAAAACUAAUUUGGCCAAAUCGUCAAAGGCUUUGGAAGUUUGUGAAAAAGAAAAAUUGGAACUUGAAGACUCAUUAAAAUCAGUAAAAAGCAACCUCAAGAAUUUUGAAAGCAAAUAUACUCAAGAAACCAAUUCAUUAAAAGAUGAGGUAGAAGAGAAACAAAAAGAGAUUGUUAACUUGCAAAACGAAUUAAAAGACAGGAUCCUGGAAGUUGAAAAAGAAAGAGCUAUGCUUAGUGAGAAUUCUGAAACCGUCAUUAAGGAAUAUAGUGACAAGAUAAAGAGUUUAGAGAACAAGAUCAAUGCAAUAAAGGAAACUCAUUCAAAAGAGAUAACUAACCAUAAUGAACAGAAAUCUUCUUUGAAAAAAGAUAUUGCCAAAUUAUCUCAAGAUCAUGAACUGGUACAAACUCAAUUAGAGGAUAAGGAGAAUCAAUUAAAGGAAUUGAAAGCUAGCUUAGAAAAACAUCAUACCGAGUCAGUAACAAGUAUUGAAGAAAAAAAUAAUCAAAUAAAGGGACUAUCAGAUACAAUCAAGUCAUUGAAAGGUGAACUAAAGACAAGUGGUGAUGCCUUACAACAAUCUCAAAAGGAUUGCAAAGCUUUAGAAAGUAAGAACACCAAUGCUGAACAAAAGUUGGAGAAACAAUUGGGAGAAUUAGAAAAAUUGAAAUCAGAUUUACAAACGGCAAAUGAAAAAUUAGCAGAAAUCACACAAAGAGAAAGUAAAUUGAAAUCAGAACUUGAAACGGUGAAAAAUAGUGGAUUGUCUACAACUUCUGAACUUGCUGCAUUAACAGAGACAGUGAAAUCUUUGGAAAAGGAGAACGAAGAAUUAAAGUCUUUGUCAGGAAACAAAACAAAGGAGUUGGAAAAUUACACUAAAAAUUAUAAUGACAUAUCGGGAAAGCUUAAAUCAUUGACCGAUGAGCUUAAAGAGAAGAGUAAAGAAUUAGAUGAUUCGAAACAGAAAUUGACUGAAUUGGAAAAUGAUUUGUCUACCACUAAGAAGGAAUUGGAAACUGAAAGGUCAAAAACCAGCAAAUUUAAAGACCUCGAGGAAGGUAAGAACAAAGAAAUUGUAAAAUUCAGUAAAGAAUUGGAGCUAUUAAAAAAUGACGAUAAUGAUGCCAAAAAAGAGCUACUGGAAAAAGUCGCCAAACUUGAGUCAGAAAUUAAGACUUUAUCUAAGGAAUUGGAAGACAAAAAGUCGAUUGUCAAACAAUAUGAUGAUUUGAAAGAACAAAUAAAAGAAAAGGACGAGGAGCUACAGAAAGUUACAAAUGAGCAAUCUGCCGCCAAAUUGAAAUUAGAUGAGUUAAAGAAAGAUUUAAGUGGUGCAUUGGCAUUUAAAGAUAAAUUUGAAACAACUUCAUCAAAGUUAACCCAAUCUACUUCUGACUUGGAAGCAGCAAAUAAUAAAGUGAAUACGUUGGUUAAUGAAAAAGAAAAAGCCGAACAAGAAUUAGAAAAGCUUACAAAACAAUAUACUGAACUUUCUAAACUGGUUGAUGAUAAAAAUGCCGAUUCCAAUAAGAUAAAUUCUGACUUUGAAAAAGCUAACAAAAAAAUAGGGGAACUUGAGACACAACUUGCUGAACUUACUAAAGAACUUGAAACCAAUAAACUAGAAUUGAAAGAUCGUGAAAAAUUAACUAGUGAAUUCACUAGUUUGAGUAAAUCACAUGAAGAGUUCAAAAUCAAAUUAGACAAUAUUGAAAAUGAAAAAAAUGAUCUUGCCAAAUCACAUGAAAAACUCAAUAUUGAACAUGUCGAAACAUCAAAGAAAUUACAACAAGUUGAAGAAGAAAAUGAGAAAAUUACAACAAAAUAUGAAUCUGAGAUUAAGAAAUUACAGGAUAAACUUAAAAAUUAUGUUCCUAAAUCUGAUUUAGAUGAUUUGAUGUUGUUAAUGUCUGAUUUGGAUGAAAAGAAUAAAGCUUAUAAAAUUAGGUUGAAGAAAUUAGGUGAUGAUGAGGUUUCAAGUGAUGAAGAAUCAGAGGAAGAAUCAGAAGAUGAAGAUGAAGAUGAGUAA